CGAGUAACAUUUAUGAACGCAGCCCUGAUUGGUCACCUAAAGGCUACUCUACGCCAGGGAGUAAAUUUUGGAAGGCAGCCCUGCAGACAGAUUGUGUCAUGUAUUUACGUCAUUGUUGCUUAUAGGUUUUGUCACAAUUAAAUAAUUCGCUGCGUAAAAUAAGGCUUUUACUAAAGAGUUAGAAAAUUAAUUAUGGAGAAUCAACCAUUAAAUGCUGUCGAGAAACCGCCACCGUAUUUCGUUGCAACCGCUCCAGCAGCGAACCCAUCAUGGCAACUACCUCCUGGAUAUUAUCCCAGUAAUAUUGAUGCAACCUAUCAAGGAAACUAUGUUCCAUCAUAUGGUUCUGUGCAUUCCACAGCAAUCAUUGUUCCAGAAAUUAUUCUAGUUGGUGGCUGUCCGGCAUGCAGAGUAGGUGUGAUGGAAGAUGAUUAUACAUGUUUUGGCCUAUUGUGUGCGAUUCUCUUUUUUCCAAUUGGAAUUAUUUGUUGUAUGCUGCUAAAAACAAGACGCUGUUCGAAUUGUGGAGCUUAUUUUGGUUGACUAAUUGUAAGAGUAAGAAUGUCUAUACUACACAAAACAAUUUUAUCUGAAGUAUAUUUAAAGCAAAAGAAAGAUGUUAAAAAUAAAUGAAUAAUAAUCUA